AUGGAAGAGCAGGUCAGCAGGCUCGUUGACAAGGCAUGGGCCAAAUUCCUUUCCACUCCACCCUCCGCGCGUCUCAUGAUUGCCAUCAGUGGCAUUCCGGGCUCCGGCAAGACUACCCUAGCAACCACCAUGGCCAGACGACUAAAUCAACGCUACUCCUCUACUUACCCCGACGUAACCGCGCCCAUUGCAACCUCAGUUUCAAUGGACGGCUAUCACCUCUCCCGCGCCCAGCUCGCUGCGAUGCCAGAACCUGCCUAUGCGAUCGCCAGACGUGGCGCAGCAUUCACCUUCGACCCCGCGAAAUUCCUCCGACUGGUGCGUGCGCUGCGGGAACCGCUGGUUCCGGAUUCCCGCACGCUGUACGCGCCUAGUUUCGACCAUGCCGUCAAGGACCCCGUGGAGGAUGACGUGCCCAUCCCCGCGACGUCGCGGGUGAUAUUUUUCGAGGGAAAUUAUCUGAGUCUUGGUAAAGAGCCGUGGAAGGAGGCGGCGGCGCUGAUGGAUGAGUUGUGGUUUGUUGAGGUGGAUUUUGAGACGGCGCGGAAGAGAUUGGUUGCGAGGCAUGUUAGGGCUGGAAUUGCGAAGGAUGAGGAGGAAGCGGAUCGGAGGGCGGUGGAGAAUGAUUUGGUUAAUGGGAGGGAGAUUGUGGAUUUUCGGCUGGAUGCGCAGGAGGUUAUUGUGAGUCGAGAGGACGAGAGCUGGAAGCCCUGA